GUAUUAUGUAAACCGCGCCAGUGUACUCCCGGUCACAGUCAAUGUUACCGCUCACGUCCGCAUUCUGUCCGCCAUGGACAUAGUCGCCGAUAUCACGGAGUUAUACAAGGAGAACAAUUGGAAAGAGAUUGUACAUCGGUAUCAUGACCAUCCGGACCGGAAUAAGGUGUUGUGGGUGUACCCUAGUGAGGAGAACUUUGAGUUUGUUAAGAAUUGCUUGGCAGAGUUGAGUUGUGAAAGGGUCGUGAGCGUAGGAUGCGGCAGUGGUCUGUUGGAAUGGAUGAUAACGGAAGCUACUGGUGUGCCAGUAUCAGGCAUCGAGGUAGACGGAGCGUGGUGGCGCUGCAAGUACGCGCCGCCCACCUUCAUACCUCUCCACUUCACUCCCGCGGAAAUAGACCAAGACACAAUCACGUUACUGCAGAGGAACAACAAUACUGCCAUUCUCUUCUGCUACUUCAACAACCGAAAGGCUUUUGAAGAUUAUUUAAAGUACUAUAAAGGCAACGUCCUGAUUAUCAUCGGUCCGCAUAAGAUAGGGGUCCACACUGACCCCAAACCCUUCGAUGAUGUCACAGCCGACUGGGCCCUCUACAAGUCGCAAGAAAUUAGAAACAGCGGAGAUUUCAUAGCAGUGUACACAAAACAAAAUAUAUAAACACA